CAAGACAGGUUCUUGCCGAUCGCUAACGUCAGCAGGAUCAUGAAGAAGGCCUUGCCCGCCAACGCCAAGAUCUCCAAAGAUGCCAAAGAGACCAUGCAGGAGUGUGUCUCCGAGUUCAUCAGUUUCGUCACCGGAGAAGCCUCCGAUAAGUGUCAGAAGGAGAAGAGGAAGACCAUCAACGGCGACGAUUUGCUCUGGGCUAUGACCACUCUAGGGUUUGAGGAUUAUGUUGAACCAUUGAAAGUUUACUUGCAGAGGUUUAGGGAGAUCGAAGGGGAGAGGACUGGACUCGGGAGGCCACAGACUGGUGGUGAGCCCGGAGA